GGAGCAAUUGAUCCGGCCACAGUUGGUCCUCUGCGUGUCCCACUCCCGCUCCCACUCCAAAUCUUGCCCCGUUUUAGGAGCUCGGAGCGCUCGGAGCCCAGUCCCACUCCACGAUCACGACUAUCCCAGGAGGGAGGCAUGAAGCCGUUGUUGGUGCUGCUGGUAGCGGUGGUGGUGGUCGGCAUGGUGCUCGCUGCAGAAGAGUCUUGUGUUGGACGCUGUGAGAACGGCUUCAAUCCUGCGCUGAAAUGCCAGUGUGAUGACAUGUGCAAAUACUACAGCAGCUGCUGCUUGGAUUAUGAUACUAUCUGUGGUAAAAAGGCACGUGGUGACACAUUUGCUAAUGAAGAUGACGGUGACCUCUUCAAUAUGACCACACCAUCGACGAUUGUUACCCCAACCACCCACAGCUCCACAAGGACCCCGGACCCAGAUGCAGUGACAUGCAGUGGCCGACCGUUCGAUGCAUUUAUGCAGCUCAAGAAUGGCUCUAUUUAUGCCUUCAGGGGAAAGUACUUUUUUGAACUCGAUGAGCAUGCAGUGGUGCCUGGCUACUCAAAACUCAUAGAGGACAUGUGGGGCAUUCCCGGUCCCAUCGAUGCUGCCUUCACUCGUAUCAACUGCCAGGGCAAGACUUACAUCUUCAAGGGUAACAAGUACUGGCGGUUUGAGGGUAAUGUCCUUGAUGAGGACUACCCUCGGGAUAUAGGGGAGGGAUUUGAAGAUAUUCCAGAUGAUGUUGAUGCUGCAUUUGCGAUCCCAGCACUUGGCCACCGUGGCAAAGAGAAGGUCUAUUUUUUCAAAGGUGAACACUAUUACCAGUAUGAAUUCAAGAACCAGCCAUCCCAUGCAGAGUGUGUCAAGAUGACCCAGGCAUCCCCAUCAGUCCUCUUCACUCGCUACACUGAUCUGUACUGUGAGCCAUGGGAGGAUCUGCUCACUGUGCUACUUGGAGGCUCUAAGGGUCACCAGCACAGCCCCCGCUUUAUUAACAGAGACUGGGAGGGCAUCCAACCCCCAGUGGAUGCAGUCAUGGCAGGGCGGAUCCACAUAAGCACUGCCUCCACCCCAGCUCUUGCCCCUUCCCGAUUUUCUCGAAGCCGGUCCAGCAGAAGACGCCAUAAGAAUCGUAGGAGAGGCAAGAAGAACCAAAGGAAACAGCUGUACAGCGAUCUCUACAGAGAGCUGUAUGAUUACUUUGAAGACAUUUUUCCAGAUUAUGAAAUGGAGGCAAAGAGCAUGCCUGUCCAAAAGAUCUACUUCUUCAAGAAAGAUAAAUAUUACAGAGUGGACUUACAGACCAAGACAGUGGACUCUACUAAUCCUCCUUACCCAAGACCCAUCGCCAAGUACUGGCUAGGUUGUAAGGAUGAACCAGAGCAUGAGAAGGAAUAACACCCUGUACCCUAAGAGCAGCCAUCAAGUCCGGAGCUCACAACAAGUCAGUCAGUCUUAAGUAGAGGAACACAAUCUGAAAUAUACAUCAACUUCCCAAUUGGUCCCAUUAAGGAAUAGUUCAAAAAGUUAGUUCUAUAAUGGAAGGAAUAAAUAUGGGAAAAAUUAAAGGUAAGCUGAUGUUACAUGAAUUCUCACAUAAAUAUAAAGCCAGCAGAUUAUCCAAAAAUCAGAAUCAACUUUCCAUGAAAGCAUUUGUUAAUAUAAGCAUCUAAACAAUGUACAAUUGUGCUUUAACCCUUGCAUGUAUCCUGGGCACUAUAUUUUAUGUAAUAAAAGGACAUGUGUUAAUGUUA